AUGGGGAACAAGCGGCGGAAGACGAGGACGCAUCUCAAGGGUCCGAUCAACAACUCGCAGACGGACACGCGUGCGCCCAAGAGCUUUGUGAUACGCGGCGGCAAGGUCGGCCGCGGCGUCGCUGGGCUCGUGCACGACGUGCGCCGCACCAUGGAGCCGAACACCGCCUCGCGCCUGAAAGAGCGCGAAAAGAACCGCCUGCGCGACUUUAUGAGCAUGUCGGGCCCGCUCGGCGUUUCUCACAUGCUCAUCUUUAACCAGACGAAUGCUGGGACAAAUAUGCGCAUCAUGCGGUGCCCGCGGGGCCCGACUGUGACCUUUCGUGUGAACAAGUAUGCGCUGGUCGGCGACGUGUUGCGUGCGUCGCGCCGGCCCAUGGCGCCGGGAUCCGAGUACACGACGCCGCCGCUGCUUGUGCUGAACAACUUUAGCAGCGAAGAGAAGCACGUCAAGCUGCUCGUCACCGUCUUUCAGAACCUCUUUCCCCCGCUGCAUGUGCACUCGAUGCGCCUGUCGCAAGUCCGCCGCAUCGUCCUGCUGAACUACAACCCAGAGACCAAGACGGUAGACUGGCGGCACUUUUUGAUUUCCGUGCGCCCGGUCGGCGUCUCGCGCUCGGUGCGCCGCAUGAUCGAGGGGUCGACGCGGCCCUCGGCCGCCUCGUCGGGCAGCGUAACGGGCCACGGCGGCGAGCACAAGCGCCAUGGACGUGCGCUCGUGAACCUCGCGAACGCGACCGACAUUGCCGAGUACGUCAUGCGCGGCAGCGCCGCGGCGGGUGGCGAAGAUACCGAUACGAGCGAGGCCGAGUCCGAGGCCGAGGACAUUGCCGACCCCAAGAACGCCGUCGAGCUGCCGCAAGCAUACGUCGGCCGUGGCAACGACGUGAAUACACAGCGUGCGGUGCGCCUGCGCGAGAUUGGGCCGCGCAUGGAGCUGCGUCUCGUCAAGAUCGAAGAGGGGCUCAACGGCAGCGAAGUACUCUACCACGACUAUGUGCACAAGACCGCCAAGCAGGUCGCCGAGCAGUCGCGCACGAUUGCGGCCAAGAAGCGCCUCGCGGCCGAGCGCAAGGCCGAGCAGGCCAAGAACGUCGAGCGCAAAAAGGCCGAAAAGGCCGCACGCAAGGCCGCACAAGGCGGCGACGGCGACGAAGACGACGAAGACGAGGACGAGGACGAGGACGAGGACGAGUAUGAAGACGUCGAGGACCCGAUCCCCGAAGACGACGACGAGGAGUUUGCGUACGAGGACCAGGCGGCGGGCGUCGCGAACGAUGUGCUUGACAGUGACGAAGAGCUCUUUGAUGACCACGAAGACCACGCCCACGCCCAGGACUCGGACGCGGACGAGGACAGCGACCUGGAGCCGAUUCCCCUCGAGGAGACGUCCCACGGCCGCCCGAAGCGCUCACGCCGCUAG